UGUUAUAUGACAAGUUAAAAGACGAUGGAAUUUGUAUGAAUGUAACGUAUGACGUUCAUGAUGAUCGAUAUAAACUGGAUGAUUUUGCCAUCGGUGACGGUUUCUGCGUUCCGGUGGUCGACGUGACGGCUCUACCCGUUAUGGAAUUCGGCGAUGGAAUUAAUGAUACUCAUGAUAAUUCGAAGAUGACUAAGGUUCACGACAUGUUACCACUCUUUGUGGAAUGCGGGAUCGGAACUGAGGAUAUCUUAGUUACCCAGUCAGAACAUGAUGAUAAAAACAUAUAUACGCCAUUAAAAAACUCGUUAAUUAAUCGAGCCUCUAAUUUUUACUGGGGACAUUAUAAAAUGAUUCAAUUAAUAUUGAUAACGAUAAUUUUAAUGUUGAAUUCGCAUUUUUUUAUAUCGACAGUAGGAUUUGACAUUCACAGUUUUGUGCCUGAAUGGUUAAAACCUUGGGAUCCGGUGAAAUUAUGCCCAGAUGGCAUUAAUAAUCUUCAAACUUUUUGCUGCUGCGGAAAAUGUCUGAGGGUCUGUGUUAAGACGAUUAAAGACAAAAUCAAUGAAAAAGUCAUAGAUAGCUUUUGCGAUUGUCAACUAGCGUCAUACGUUACGGAUUCCCCUAAUACAGCAAGUGAUCACCGACUGUUUAAGGGUUUGACUUGGAGUGACCAAAUGUUUGAUGAAUACUUGACGUUUAUAAAAUCGACAGUGAAAAUAUCGAUUUAUGUAUUCAUCAUGCUCUUUAUUACAAUAUUAAUUGCUAUGGUGCUGUAUAAACUGUUCCGUUUACAACAGAGCUCUAACGACAUGGAUUUUGACAAAUCCAAUACUCAAAAUAACAAACAACCAAGUCCAAUUACGGUAAAUAUUGGGCUUGAGAAAUUACCAACUUGUACAGAUGAAAAAUGUCAACCCAUUUAUUUUAAUACAAAGGUACAGCAAUAUUUAAAUAACGAACAACCAAGUCCAACUACGGUAAAUAUUGGGCCUGAGAAAUUACCAACUUGUACAGAUGAAAAAUGUCAACACGUUUAUUUUAAUAAAAAGUUUGGCUCACGUGCCAAGGUACACUACGGUCGCCAGUAUAGAAGACAAGUCACGCCGGACGAGUACCGGCCACGUGAAUACAUCAGCUCUCGUCCGAUCACGGAGAUUGAUCAAUCAUCAUCUCCGUCACCAGGACAACCAUCGGCAACAGUUACAGCUCAACAGACGCCGACCACCCAAUUGCAAGAGCAAUCCACCAUCAACCUCCACCAGGGCCGCAUCUCGCGGGACACCUCACAAUGCCUCGCGGACCACCAGAGUUCCGAGGAUCAUAGGUCAGGAACCAAUGCACUAGAUGAAAUUACGAAAGCCACUGAGACACCAAAAACAGAAAAACCACGAAGUGGCUUCAAAAGAUAUGGUUUCCGCCGGUGGAUUUAAAUAAGUAUUUUCUAACUAAUACCUGCAGGCUGCAGCAGGUUUCAUUCAUCCAGUUUAAAAUCUGUAAUUUGGCUCAUUUGUUCAACAAAAGAACACUUUCGAAAAAAAUCUUCGGAAUUUUUUACUGGUUCCAUUAUAGUUUAUGAAUGAUCACAA